CAAACAAUCACUUAAGGUAUCCUAUUACCACGUCAUUCAUGUGUCACCGAUAUUGCUUCACUGGCGUCAAAAUCACGCGAGAUCGUAGAACCUUUGAUCGCUUCUAUAGAACCUUUGAUCCGAUGCACAUUGUAUUAAUGUAACACAUGGGAGAUCACACGUCUGAGAAGCUGAGAGUAGAAAACGUCCGACUAAAACAUCAGCAAAAUGAGCUCUCUUCGGACCUUAACGAGGAGAAGGAGAUGGUGAAAUACCUUCAUGGUGUGAUUAAAAAUUACGAAGUCUUAUUGAAGAGAGGUUCAAAACAACGUGACAUCAACAUUCCUGUUAUCGCUAGCUCGGGAUCUUUCACUAGCGAAGAGGCAGUUGUGUAUGGGUCUGAACAACGUGAAAAGAUUGGUCUCCAAAUUGGUCUAGGAAUGGAGAAGGUAAAGCGCAAAGGUAAAGAGAAGAAGGAAAAAGCCGGUUUUUUAAGGCAAAUGCGUGAGAAAGCGUUCAAGAAGAAGUUUGUUUCAGGGGAUACAACGCAACGUAACGCUAAGGACAGUGAACGCGAUCAGACAAGUGAGGUUGAACUUUCAAUGCACGAGAAAACAAAGGGUUCACAGUUAGACUGUCAUCUGAGACAGCAGAAUGAAAGCCCUUUUGUUGGAUCUAGCCGAACAAGCACACCGAUACGGGAUUUUGUCCCAGGGAGCUAUUUUAGAGGGAGGCCUUCGGGCAGAUUGGAAAAUAAUCCUGCGAAGACGGAAUCUAAGGAAUGUAGGGUCACAGUACCUUAUCCCCUAAUCGAUGAUGAUCUGUUUUUAUGUGACAGUCAUGGUACCAAAGGUGACGAAACAACACCUAGUCACGCUCCGUUUCGAAAAUUGAAUUUUGGAAAUUACGGACCUGAUCGUGUGUAUUAUGGCCGGUAUGCAAACAGACAAAGUCCUGCUAACCACUCAGCGAAGUUUUUUAGCAUUCCUUAUAAGGACAUUGUGACGGAUGUGAUGGAAGAGGUAGCUGAGAUACCGGAAGUUUCUGAUAUUGACCGGAACUCAUCGAUGAAGGUAAAUGUGAUGGAUUUAAUCGAGAGUUCUUGGGAACAGAUGGAGCAAGCUUGUGACACGGAAGAAGGGGACCUAAGCGACAUAACAGACGGCGAGCUAGCGCAAUCAUGUAACGCAACGACGUCUCAGAAUAAAAGUCACGCAAAUAUAUCACGCAAUAAUGGCAACGCGGCACAGUUACCGUCUGAUACUGACUCUGCUUCUAGUGGUAGUAAAAGCAGGGAAGAAGAUACAACGCUGUCACGCGACUUUGGUAACGCAACGCCGUCACACGAGGUUCGUGAUUUUGCAGUUGAAACACCGAGUGAUUCGGUUAGUAACGCAAUGAAUCCCGCACAAGCACACGACAUAUGUAGUAAACCAGAGAAACAAAAGAAUAGUCGAAAAACUCGCAAAAAUUUGAAAGAAGAGAAAUAUGAGAAACCACGUGACCUGUCACGCAAUGAAACUAUCACAAAAGUACAUGAUGUUAAAGAGAAAAGCCAUGAAACUAAAACAUUGCAUGAAAAAUCAUCAAAAUCCAACAAUGCUUUUAUUUUGAAUGACCAGCAAUGUAGCAAAGAUGGCACAAUAGCAUCAAGCAAUUCUGAUCCACAAACUGAUACCGUGACAAAUGAAACAGGGAAUUGCACCGAAUUAAAACAGAAACUGUCACACAACAAGUCAAGCAAUCCCCGUGUGAAAGGUGAUAACGCAAACGCAGUCGAAGCUUCAAAAAAACAGCCAUUCGAUAAGAACCAUAACAUUCGUCAUUUGAGUGACAUAAAGAAUAACGCUGAGUUACAGUCACGCAAUAUUAAUUUCCAUCGAAUGUCACGCAACGAUAGUAUCGGAAGCAGUAUUUCGAACUCUUCAAACCGCGCAAAUAAUCCUCCACAAAAACGUAAACUGCGUGACAAAAGGAAUCACGCAGAUGAGUUUUUAGCACGCAAUAUGGGUAACGCAAGUCGUAGUGCUUCAGACAUGAGCCAAAGCAGUCCCUGUUUGAGUGAAUUUGAAGACUUCAGCUCGUAUAACGAAAGUGACAGUGAUGCGUCUCUGACUGGGGAUGCGCUAGUGCAGAUGAGCUGGAUUCUGGAUAGAAUGAUGUCAAAAUUAAAGAGAACUAAAGAUUCUCUGGAAAUAAGUGACACGACUCUCUCUCGGAUGGAGAGACGCGUGGAGUAUCUGGAAAGUUUUGCAUUCGGAGAAGAAUCAGAGUGUUUAUAAUAUGCUUAGAAAAAGAAACAAAAACAUAGAACCGAUAUAUAUAAUUUUUUAUAUUUAUUUUUUAUUUCCAAUGAGAAAAUAUGUGAGAAUCUCGUAAAGGUACACAGGUUGAUUGUGGUACUGCGAUAUAGUAUUACUGCAAAUUAAAAAGAAUUAGAAAAAAUGGGACGACUUUGUAAGUGUCUUAACAAUUAACCACAUUCGAUUCGAAGUCUUUUUGGCUUGUAAAGUAGCUUCCUAACGAAGCGAUGGAAUUAUUGAAAAAAAAAAUUAUUGAAUCAAAA